UCAAUAAUACUACAAUGGCCGAUCUGUCAUUUCCGGCUUCCCAGUUCCCGGUGGCAGUCGGCGUGGAUUCACUGAAGUUUCGGGGCAAUUCAGGAGACUCGCUAUAUUAUAAUAGAAUCUUGGUUCCCCUGCAGUGGGGAGCUCUGCUCUCUCCUCUUCCUAAAGAAAGAAGAGACCCAUGAAACCAGUUUCACUGGGGGCUUACUGGAAAACAUUGAUUUCCUCGCUCAAAGGUCGGUUUUGUCAACAGCUCGUUUGGGUUUGAACCGACCCCUCCUCCGUUCUUGCUCUGAGAACCGUUCAUUUCCCAGUUUUCCCCUUCUGCUCUCUGUUUUCUUGGCACGUUCUGUGUUCAUUGAAGCUGAGUGAUUGAUUCUUGGACGAAAUUUUUUUUGGGGGGAUGGAUCAUCAGACAAGACUUGAAUCUUUGCUUUCUGAAUUUGGAUUCGUGAAGGAUUGAAUGUUGGAUGUGAUUGUCGAUCAUUUCAGGUCAAAUGUGGUCCAUCCAUCCUUUUUCCCUCAUGUAAUAAACAGACGUAGAGUCGCUUAUUUUAAGUAUAUUUUUCAGCUGAAUCAAAUCUCAUCAAGAGCUACAUCUGUACCUUCACACGGGUUGGAGCCCUCUCUGGAUACUACUCGGAAGGGUUUGGCUGCUUGGUUAGAGCUCAUCAAUAUGCAAGUUAACUGGCAAACUGAGAACCGAACUCGAUAGUUUUACCCUGCCAUAUAGUGAGCAGGUGGUCCUCCAAAGUGAAUCGUUCGUCAGAUGCAAGCAUCACAGAAGAAGAGUCAUUUAAGCAUGUCGAACAAACUUUAUUAUCAGUCUGCACGUGAGAUUGGCACCUAUUGCUUGCCUCAGUUUCAUACUUUAGAUUGCCACCCUUGCUACUAUCCCAUGCAGAAUCUCCCGGAUAAAUACUGCACCCUCGAGUCAUCCUCCGCUAGUGGAGGUUAUGCUAUUUACAACUCACCAUCAACCAUCAGCUUCUCAUCCAACGGGAGUCCUGUAUCCCUGCAAGAUUCCGUGUCUUAUCCACCUGAUGCCCUACACUCCCCAGAUAAUACCUACGCCUCCUCCAUAAGUGGGUCUUGUGUCACCGACGAUGCAGGUGAUUUUUUGCACAAGCUGAGAGAAUUGGAGAACGUAAUGCUGGGACCUGAUUCGGAUAUUCCCAUUAACUAUGAGAGGAGUUUUCAGAAGGGGAUCUAUGUAGCCUCGCCGGGGAUCAAACUAAUGGAUGCAAUAGAACGGAGGGAUUUGAAACAAAUCCUCAUUGCCUCUGCAAAGGCAGUUUCAGAAAAUGAUCUAUUGACAGCGAAUUGGUUGAUGGAUGAGUUGCGUGAAAUGGUCUCAGUUUCUGGGGAACCGAUCCAGCGGCUGGGAGCGUACAUGUUGGAAGGUCUUGUUGCACGUUUGGCCUCCUCAGGAAGCUCCAUCUAUAAAGCUCUGCGAUGGAAAGAACCUGAAAGCUCGGAGCUCCUUUCCAACAUGCACAUUCUUUAUGAGGUCUGUCCAUACUUCAAAUUUGGAUACAUGUCGGCAAAUGGUGCAAUAGCUGAAGCCAUGAAGGAUGAGAAAAGAGUCCACAUCGUUGACUUCCAAAUUGCUCAGGGUAGCCAGUGGAUCACUUUAAUCCAGGCAUUUGCGGCGAGGCCUGGCGGGCCACCCCACAUAAGAAUAACUGGUUUCGAUGAUUCCAUGUCAGCUUAUGCUCGUGGAGGAGGAUUGGACAUUGUGGGGAAGUGGCUAUCUAAGCUUGCUCGGUCAUACAAAGUCCCAUUUGAGUUCCACGCUGCAUCGGUACCAGGUUCAGAUUUACAGCUGCACCAUCUCGAUGUUAGGCCCGGGGAGGCUCUGGCCGUAAAUUUCGCGUUUAUGCUUCACCACAUGCCUGAUGAGAGUGUGAGCACUCAGAACCAUCGGGACCGGCUCCUGAGGCUGGUCAAGAGCCUGUCGCCGAAGGUGGUGACCCUGGUGGAGCAAGAAUCUAACACGAAUACUGCUGCCUUUUUUCCGCGGUUCAUCGAGGUGAUGGACUAUUAUGCGGCCAUGUUUGAGUCGAUUGACGUGACUCUUCCCAGAGAGCACAAGGAGAGGAUUAACGUCGAGCAGCACUGCUUGGCAAGAGAUGUUGUCAAUAUAAUCGCGUGUGAGGGGGCCGAGAGAGUCGAAAGGCACGAGCUUCUGGGGAAGUGGAGAUCGCGUUUUGCCAUGGCGGGAUUUACACCAUACCCUCUGAGCUCCCUAGUGAACGCCACCAUCAAAACGCUGUUGAAGAAUUACUCUCACAAGUAUAGGCUUGAGGAGAGAGAUGGAGCUCUUUAUUUGGGAUGGAUGGAUCGAGACUUGGUAGCGUCUUGCGCAUGGAAGUGAAAUAAUCCGAGAAAGUGUAAGGCGGCAUGAUCGGAGCAGCCGGAACUGUUCCUCUUCUUUUCACGUUUCGUUCCUUUGUAAUCAUUUAGCUCGUUACGUUUGAUGAGGUGUUUGAAGCUGUUCACCUUGUAUAGUCCCGGAUUUCAUGCUCUACUCUUUCACUGACAAAGAUAGGAUAAACUCAAUU